CAGCUGCUGUCUGAGGAGGUAUUCUGGUUAUCUCUGUCUGGUUACGUCGAAUAAUUUAAAACAAAACAUCGACAACACCACUAAGAACACAGCAUCAGCUAGCUGAUCACUUUUCGACUAUAUCCCCAGAAGCUAAGUUCUGUACAUCGCAAACAUCUAUUUAAUGUGGAACCUUUGCUUGGCAUGGUCAGAGGCAUUGGUUCGAUAGCGCCGAUACUGAUAGAGUGGAGAUCAAAGUGAAUAUAAAAUAGUGAAAUAACUUUCGAACUUUUUUACCAAAAAUAAACCUAAGAUUUAAACGAUUCGUUUUUUUUUUUUUUUUUUUAUUAUGAAGAGUGUUUAACAGUGAUUUAUUAGCACAUUAAUACAAUACAUAUUUUCAAACCUGGAUAAACUAUUUGAUCGAGAGAUUAUACUAUAUAGUCACCAUUUUCACAAAUAAAAGGCUCCACUGUAUACGCUUUAAAACUGAAGACUGAACUUUUUGAUCCCGACGCAUACGCACAAUAAAUUUCUAUCAUGAGGAAAUCAAUUGGAAUCUUAUUCGUUACACUAAUUGGAUUUGGAUUAAUAGAUCUGGCUCCAGCCAAAGAUGUCAUGAACGAUCAGCUGCUAUCGUUGGUGCGGUCAUACAAUCAGUUGGAGAACAAACUCGAGCGCCAUGAAUAUCGAGAACGAGCUUUGGGUGAACUUCUCAAAAAAGGCAUCAUGUCCUUGCAAAUUGGACAAAAAUCUAUGGAACCUAUGAAGGGAAUCUUCAGUCGACUGGAUGAACGUGUUAGCCAAAUUGAAACUCUCUUAAUGGCUCAAGAACAAAAGUACAGCUUACAAUCUGAAAAGAUCGAUGAAGUUAUUAAGCUCAUAAAAUGGAUGGAUGAAAAUAGCAAAAAGAACUCGGGUGGUUCUAGUGUCGUUAUUAAGGAACCAGUUGUUGUUGAGGCUCCAAUGAACUUGGAAAUGCUUAAAGAAGUCCGUACCUUAUCGGGCAGUGUUCAAAAACUUUUGGAUAUGUCAAGCUCUUUGAUGAAACAAACUGAAGAAAUGGCCAAACAGAGUCCCAAAACUGAACAGCUUAUUGAUCGUAUGGAGAACAAAUUGGUCAGCCUUUAUGUUCCACCUCCAUCUACAACUCAAGCUCCCAUUAUAAUUGAUAAUUCCGAGUUUGAGAGCAAAGUUAUGGAUUCAUUCAAGAGUAUUGCAUCAAAUAUUAAUGAAUUGAAGUCUUAUACUCCAACCACUCAAGGACCAGCUGGUUUAGUUCAAGCCGAUAAGGAGUUCAUUCAGGCUCUGACAAAUGAAACCUUAAAUGCUCUGGAAAAUCUUAAGAUUGAUACCUUGAGUGCAACAGACAAAGUUUUGGCUAAGGCUUCAUCACGCAUUAAGGACUCUGAAGCCAAUGUCGAUAGUAGUAUCAAAAAGGUGAACGAAAACAUAGAAAACACUACUGAAAUUCUGGAGAAAUUCUAUGUGGAACUAAACGCAACCCACAACGCUCUAACAGACGGUCUAGAUAACUUCAACAAGAUUCUCCUAUCAAACUCUGAUGAAAUUUUGAAAACUCAACGAAAGAUUGAAUUUGGAACACAUCAAAUUGGCCAGAAAAUAUCUGAUGUUGUAGGAGAAGAACAAUUGAAACUUCAACAAGAGAUAAAGAAACGCUUUGAUGAUGUUGAUGAAUCGAUCAGCACCAAUCAUGUUCAAUCUCUUCAAAAUAUCAGUUCUGCUAUGGAAACGGAGAUUAGUCAAGUUUGGCAUCAAAUUGAGAUCAUGCACAGUGAAAUGUCGGAUAGUAAAGACGCAAUGAACAAACUCACUGGUCAAACUGAAGUCUACGUAAAUGGUACAUUUGCUACUAUGGACGGUAUGGAAGGAAAGGUUUCUCAGAUUACAAGUCGUAUGAUGGAAGUUGAUUCAAAUUUGAACUAUCUACUUGGACGUUUGUCUUUGAUCACACAAGAAUUUAAUCAAAUAAAAACUGGAUUAGGCGAUGCUUUGGAACAAAUUCGUGGCAGUUUUCAUGAAAUCAGUGAGAAAGUAGUUAAUCCAGGUCCAGGACCUCAUAACAUCCCAAGAAAUGAAUAUGAAACUGAUUUCAAUUUACUUUCGAAAAGGAAUGCUUCAUAAUUUCGAUAUUCGAACAACAAGAUGGUAGAGUUUUAAGUAUAAAUACAUACAAACACACACAAUAGAGUAUUUGAGGUUAUUCAUGCCUAAGCAAAGCCGCGUCAUGGUGGUUUUCUAUAUCAUUAUAACGGAAUUAUCUUGAAGUUUAACAGAAUUGAUUAAUUUGAACUAUUUUUUAAGUUUUUUAUAAAUGCAUUAUGUAAGAAACUUUUAUUUGAGUGUGCCAUAACCAAUAAUUAAAAAU